UUUUUUUUUUUUUUUUGUCCCUCGGCUCUUCAGGCCAGUGGAAUCUCUUUGCAUCUUUGUGUCAUCCUGUUAUAUAAAUCUCAUCUAUUCUGCUUCCACUCAAAAGCUCAGUGUCAGUUAAGUCAAGAAAAGUUCUCCAUAUACUGUAAAAUGCCGUAGGGAGUCUAAUGGAAGUUGCCAUUCUUGUCAUGGUAUUAACUGUCAAACAACUGAUACUUUAAUGCAAACAGAGCAAAGAAUAGUACUCAGAGGCAUACUGUAUAUAUUCUCUGCUCUGUGGGAGCGAAAAUUCCUUGUGUAAUUGGGUACCGUUUCUACUUCUUAACUGACGGUUUGGCUAAUUUUUAGCCCAGAGUAGUAGCAGCAAUUCAUCUUGCCACUCUGUAACAUCUUACAAGCUCUCCCUACUUUGCACAUAGAACAUGGUGAACUCGCUCAUUAAGCUGAGUUUACGGCCCCUCAUCAGGUAUUGGAGGCAGGUCCCGGGUCACAAAGUUAAAACCGGAUUAUCAGCCCUGUCUGGAGUCGGUUAUUUAUGGCCAUCCAUAUUGACUGAAAAGCCAAGCUCACCACUCGGCAUUCGUCAGUUUGCGUGUAGUAUAACUUGUCUGGCAUCACCAGAGGCUCUUUCGGUGGCAUCCUCUGGAUUUCGGUGUAAUGGGAUAUGUGACAACAAUGAUUGCGAGAAGAUGCCUCAUUUAAGUGGAUAUUUUAGAAAAUUGGCCAGUCCAGUCUCCAGCGGCCCCCUACCACCUUCAAAGCUGAUGCUGCAUACAGUAAUGCAGCAUCCAGAGGGAGCUUUUUGAGAGCUGGUAAGGCGUCAGCCAUAACAAAGAUUACUACGGUAACCUCAGAGGAUUUGACCUGAUCGACUGCCGUUGGAUGUGAGUGGAACAGAGGCAGGAGCGGGGAUUAUUCAAGGCUUAGUGCUUACAGUGCUUUGUAAUCAUUCAUUCUCUCCUGUGGUUUGGACAAUGAUGGGUCGCUCUUCCGUGGCUGACAGAGAGAGGAUCUUUAGCAAUGGCCAUUUUGGACCUCUUUUAUGUGGACGAAUCUUAAAGGCGAGAUGAAGGACUUGUGUCGCAUUUGCAAUGGUCGUCUGGUUGGCAACCAGUGUCGUUGGAUCUUCAGCUCAUCCGCAAAGAGGAAGCUGCAAAUCAUUUUGUCACACGUGCUCGGCUGGGAGGUGACCCGCGACGGCCGCGGAGAGUUCCUCUGUGGGAAAUGUGUAUUCCAGCUGGAGAAGGUGAUACAGUGUGACGUGAACCUCAGCCAGCUGCAGGAACAGCACAACAGCAAAGUGCUGAAAAUACAAGCGGAGAAGGCUCAUCUGAUCGAGUGCAUCAUCCAUGUCUACAACAAACACAACCCCGACCAGGAAAAGAGCGACGAGGAGAGCGUCCGCUCAAAAACUCCCCUCAGGUCAUCCGGGGCGGCCAGUUUUGACGACGAGGCCGCGAGUCUGCUCCCCAGUGAGACACAAUCGCCCAGGGAGAGCGGCAGUAGUCACUGCAUGAGGAGAUGUGUGAGUCUGGAUCGACUCGUGGGCAAAGGAGUUUUCCCGGGACGUUCAGGUCUCAAGAAAUGGAGGAUGGGAUCAACUGUGGGGCUGGACAUCUCGAUGAAGAGCUUUGGUUUGCGGGGCUCGCGUGGCAGCUCUCAGAGCAUGUACCUGGACCUGGUCCACUCCAAGGGCACGUUCCCUCGGUCCGGAUUCAAAGGCCGUUCUGCAUCCUUGCAGUCCCUCAAUCGAGACUUUGACACUGCAGAAACUACGCCACGUAAGACAAAAGUUAGAGAGCCUAAGACGUUUAUCUUCAGAAACGCUGCCGCUGAUGAUCCAGUGGGAAAGGCUCAAGCUAAAAUGCUCCUGCGCAGAUCCUCACGGCAGCCCUCGGUCAUCUCUGACUUGAUCCAGCUCCUGCGCUGCCUCAGCAAACAAAGCGUUUCAGUCCCGGCCGGGAGUCGCCUCCCUGUUUUGAAGAGGUUCACUGUUGGACAUCUCUAUGCCUGUAACAAGCGAAUGCGCAGAGAGACUCGGUGGAAGUCUCUCCAUGACCUAACAGAAGAAUUUGAUGACCAAUACAUACCUGCAACAGCGGAGGUAGUUCUUUGCUGCAAUCGAACUGGGCAAACUGUCACUGGUGGUAAAUAUUAGUGGAACUCAAGGGAGUUAUUUAUCUUUCCUCUUUUCUUUUUUUUUUUUGUUUUCCAA